AUGAGCAGACGCAACAAAAGCAGGCUCGUUGUAGACCUGGAUGACGAGGUUGAGUUUGUGACCAAGGUAGCUAAGCAGACCACUAGGGGAGUACGCUAUGUGGACGUACCUUUGCCCAUGCCCACGGGUUCAAACGUGCCAUCGCCUUCCAAAAGUCCAUUGAAGGCUCCAGCUUCAGGCUCCUUGUUUAACUUGGAUGAUGGCAACGUCCUGGGCAACAUAGGUGUGCCGAUUCAGCUGGAUCCGGCGGCUCGGAAGACAAAGACCCAGAAUGACUUCAUGAGGGACUGGAUACCCCACUGUGAUGACUAUCUUCAUGCCAUUGUCGAGAUGGAAGCCCCGCCUGAGCCCAGAAACUGUGCGGAAUGCAAGGUUGGCGAGGGACGGUGGCAAUGCCUGGACUGUAUGGGCAGACUGCUCACCUGUACCGACUGCUGUCGUAAUGGCCAUCAGCGUGCUCCCUUCCAUCGGAUAGAGCAUUGGCAGGGUCAUUAUUUUGAGCCGGCAUCACUGUAUCGGGUUGGCGUCUGCAUCCAUUUGGGGCAUGGCGGAGAUUCCUGCCCUCUGGGCGCCUUCACAGCACAUAACAACCCUGCGCCGGUGGUGGCCCCGAGGUCCGAUUUCUGGAAUGCCUCCAAUGAAGACCUAAAUGCACAUGAUGGCGAGGUCUCAGAUGAUGGCGAGGUCCCAUUCAACUUUGCACCUCUGGCAAGCACCCUUGACGGUGAAGCAAGGCAAACCGACGAUGCUCCCGAUCCCACUUGGGAGGAAGAUGUGCCACCGGUGCUCUCCCGGCCACCUCGCCGUGAUAGUUACGGGAAUCGGACCAUAGUCAUUGUCGGCAUCUCUGGCGUUCACCAUAUCGGCGUUGACUGGUGCCAGUGUGAGAUGGCAGUGGAGCGUGACAUGCAGCUUCUUCAAAUGGGACUUUACCCUGGUACCGUCAAGGAUCCCCAUACUGCCUUCACAUUCGCUGUCCUCGAUGAUUUCCUUCUGGAGAACAAAGAGUGCAAGACGGCGGCAUUGAACUACUACAGCAAGCUCAAACGGGUCACGAGCAAUGCCUUCCCUGGCACCGUUCCCGACCGUUAUCGUGAGCUGAUGCGGGUGUCCCACCAAUGGCGCCAAUUCAAAUAUCGCAAGUGGCACGGCUUCUCACAUGAUGCCCUCCGUCCUGUGGAGAAGGGUGGCCUCGCCAUCUUUUGUCCCGCCUGUCCCCAGCCUGGGCUCAACCUGCCUUUCGAUUGGCAAGCGGAUCCAGUGCAGUGGAAGUUCAAACGCGGCUUUGUCAUGGAUGGCAAUUUCAGUGCAGAGCACAUGAAGAUGAAGCACCCCGAGGAGGACGUCGCCCUCAGUGAUGGCCAGGCAUUCAUGGUUGGCCAAGAGGAUUACAAGGCUCAUCUGGCGGUGGCCAUGGAGUCGCAUCAGCGCUCCACUUGUCAUGAGCACCGCGCUGUCAAUCAGGCCAAUGUGGAUCGCGCCAACCUCGACGCCACAGGAAUCGGGGCCACUGCUUGCGCCAGACAUGGUUUCUUCGUCCCUCAUACUGUCGUCAAUUUCCAGAAGGGAGAAAGACAAAUGAAUAUGGAUUACUCUCUCAGCAAUGCGCUCCUGACCCUCACCGGUAUCACCCUCAUCCUCGUCAUGUACGACAUCAUGUGCCAGUAUGGCGUCCAUGUCCGCAAACAUUUCCGCCACAGCGCCUAUCUGAGGAUGCCCUUCGAGCUCAAGGUAGACCAAGGCAUCGGCUUGUUUCAUGUGCACGGACACCAAGAUUGCUGCUUCCAACGAUUCUCGCCCAACUUUAUAGUUGGCGCUGGUAUGGUCGAUGGCGAGGUCAUCGAGACCCUGUGGGCGCCGACAAAUGAGGGCUCAGGCAGUACCAGGGGCAUGACCCGAGCUCACUGCCAAGAAGUCCUUGAUGAUCACAUGAAUGACUCCAACUGGAAGAAGACGACUCGCAUGGUGCCAACCUUGAUGACAAAGUGGAAACGCGUGCUCCUGGGCUUCCCACGAAGCAAGGAGUCCUUUGAAGCUUUAUCUGCAUCCACAGAUGAGGAUGUCCUUGAGGCAUGGCAGAAGGAGUACGACGACGCUAUGGAGGCUCGCCAAAAUGAUCCGAAGAUUAUGGACACCUUCGAUGUCCAGCUCAUGAAGGCCCCGGGUAAAGACCUCACCCAACUCAGACUGGCGGGCGAGGAGUCCGCCAAGGGCUUGGAGAAGGGCACCGCCAGAUGGUUGUCGACUGGCCUCAAAAUUCAAGAAACACAGCUUAAGCUUGCGAAUGAUAUCCGCAAGGCGGGUCAAAAUCCGAGCGUGGCGGAGGACCUCAAGACUCUCGAGCGCCGUCAGCGCCUUGAAGUCAGCAUUCUCACAUUCCAACGUCGCUCUGAGAAGUUCAUGGGAAGGUUGGAGGACGUUCCCGCCAUGGAAGAUCGUGACGAUGGUGCGCUCUGGGAUUUCUUGGAUGAGAAUCCUUUUCAAAUACACCCGGAGGACGCUGAGUAUGGUGAGGAUGCGAUUCCUCCCGAGCGAGCUUCCUUGAAUUUACCUUUGCAGAUCGGAUUCGUGGCCGCCGUCGCCAACGGGCUCCAGACCCUGGCGGCCCAAGAGUUGGAGUUGCGCAAAGGCCUGAUGAAUGACAUCCUCCACGAGCUUCGCAUGGCGCUUGGACUGAAGUCUUACCUCUACCGCAAGAGGGUUCAUCCCGCCAACAGCGUCGGAACCAUGACCCGUGCACAGGCGGAGGUUCAUGCUGCCGAUCAGACCGUCUUGGCCUGCGCCAGGCUCUAUUCCGCCAACCGACGCACCAUUAUGCGCUUAGACGCCACCGAUGAAGACUUGGCCCUCUAUCGCCCUUUGGAUAAGAAGGACCUGCACGUGAAGACUGCCGUCAUCGAGGCUAGCACCUCCGGGCUCAGGAACGUCAACCUGGCUUGGUUCUGGACCAUGGAUGUCGCUGGAGAUUGA